AUGGGUGAACUCGCCGCACCUAUCCUCGUGCACGCCGACUCGCUCACCUUUGACGACGAUGCCGGCACCCUGAGCGCCAGCCUCCUCGCCGACGCGUCCCACGAGACACCUUCCCUCACCCUCGACCAGGUCAUUGCCAUCCUGCGCCCAUCGUCAUCCAGCGCGCAGCAGCCCCGUUUCAACAUUGUCGUCGGACUCGUCGAAGACUCCGCCGUCGCCGCCGCCAGCGCAGCAGAGCAGCAGCCUUUUCGCCUCAUCGCCAUCCAGACUUCCGCAGACGACAUCCCACCGCAGCUCGCCUCCUCGGUGCCGCGCAUCGCCCAGCUGCCUGCGCAUCUCGCCCGCGGCGCCGACGGCGGCGGCGGCGGCGUCGUCGUCGACUACGUGCUCUCGACAAAGGCGGGAGCGGGCCGCGCCGUGCUGUUUUGGGAGACGGCGCUGCAGCCGCUGCUGCGCGUCGCCGCGCAGGCGUUUUCGGAAAAUACGGUGCCGGACCGUCUGGUGGUGACCAACAGCGACGACAGUGUCCGCGAGUACGCGCGCGAGGAGCGCCCGGCCGGGGUGCCGCGCACGAUUGUGCUGCUGAGCGGCGACGGCGGCGUCGUGGACCUACUCAACUCGUCGUCACCGCCAUCAAACGAAGAUGGCAACGACACGCCGCCGCUGCCUUCCAUUGUGCUAGUCCCGCUCGGCACGGGCAACGCGCUCUUCAACUCGCUGCACAAGCCGCUCUUCACGGGACCGUCGGAGCUGGUCCUAGCUCUGCGCACGCUUCUCAACGGCGUCGCGGCACCGUUGCCCACAUUCAGAGCCUCGUUCCCGCCGGGCUCGCGCAUCGUAAAGUACGCCAACAAGGACGCCGCGGCGGCGGAGGAGGAGACGACGCCCCCAGAUGUUGCCGCCGCCGAGGCACAGCUGUUCCGCCAAGAGACACACGUCGACACCCUGCACGGCAGCAUCGUCGCAAGCUACGGCUUCCACGCCAGCAUCGUCUACGAGAGCGACACGCCUGCGUACCGCGCACACGGCGCCGCGCGCUUCGGCAUGGUUGCGCAGGAGCUUCUCAAGACGUCUCAUCCCUACGCCGCGCAAUUAGCCGUGCGCCGGCGUCGUCGUAGUCGUCCCCAUCUUCAUCAUCCAGACAGCGAGAGCGGUGACGGUGACGGUGACGGUGACGGUGACGGUGAUGGUGGCCGCCUGGAAAAGAUUCCGCGCGCCACGCACGCAUACGUGCUCGGCGCGCUCGUGUCCAACCUCGAACGCACCUUUACCAUUUCGCCCGCGAGCAGGCCCCUGGACGGACAGCUGCGUCUUGUGCACUUUGCGCCGCUGGGGCCCGCGCGCACCAUGGAGGCCAUGAUGAAGGCGUACGACGGCGGCAAGCACGUGGAGGCGGCGUGGGACGACGAGGACGGCGAGCGGGUCUACUACGAGGACGUGGACGAGUUUGCCGUCACGGUCGAGGAUGAGGAGGAGCGGUGGAGAAAGGUCUGCAUCGACGGCACGAUUGUGGAUAUCCCACGAGGGGGCACGGUUCAUGUGCAGAGGGAGGAAAAGGGACUGUUUCACAUUGUAGUGGACUCGAGUGUGCUUUAA